AUGAAUCGUCAAGUCGAAGGCAUCGAUUUUGGUGAACGCUCAACCUGCAAAGACAGAACACCGACCGCUAAGGACCAUGAAAGAUACGAACCCUCAUCCUACGGUCUCCUUAUCGCCCAGCAAGAGCAUCAAAAGCUGCGAGAGGAGAUCAAAGCCGAGUUCCUUGGAGAAGAAGCCAGGAAGUUCCAUAAAAGCUUGACAAAUGCAUACAAGAAAACGGCGCGACGAGAGGCGAGACUGGAUCUCGAGGAUGACAACAGAAGAGAGCUUCUAAAGCUGAAGUCCAAAUUAGAGGCUGAGAUGUUGGGAAAGAAGAGCGAGCAGAUUGAGCGCUUGCGGGAGGAGUUGAGAAAUAAGGACGCCAAAGUCAAAGAGCUUGAGGCACGACUCGAAGCAUCAGAGAACUACCAGAGGAUUCGAGAGCUCGAGGGAACUCUGGCAGCAAUGAGGCAGGUCAUUAAGAGUGUGAAGAAAAAUGAGCCCGCUCAUGAAGCUGAAGACGCGGAAGAAAAUAAUUCUUCAACCGAAAACUGA